CUGCUGCCGUUGCUCCUCCUCCUCCUGCAACCAUCGGUUCCAUGAGCAGCACAAUGGCGCUUCAGGCUUCGUUUCUUCCUUCGGCUCUCUCAGCUCACAAGGAGGGAAAGGCUAAUGGAGGUGCGAAGGACUCGGCUUUCUUGGGUGUGUCUCUGUCUGAAACCAUGAAGUCGGACUUCAGUUCCUCGGUUCUCAGGAGCCACAAGAGGAAUAAUCUUUCAGCCGGAAUCAGAGCUCAGACUGCAACUACAACCCCGGGGGUCAAAAGCUCCGCCCCGGAUGGGAAGAAGACGCUGAGGAAGGGCAACGUGAUCGUCACGGGGGCCUCCUCCGGCCUCGGCCUUGCCACCGCUAAGGCACUGGCCGAGACGGGACGAUGGAAUGUGAUCAUGGCGUGCCGCGAUUUCCUCAAGGCCGAGAAGGCGGCCAAGUCGGCCGGCAUGGCCAAGGAGAACUACCAGGUCAUGCACCUCGACCUGGCGUCCCUCGACAGCGUCCGCCAGUUCGUCAGGAACUUCCGGCAGAGCGGGCUGCCCCUCGACGUCCUCGUGUGCAACGCAGCCGUCUACUUCCCCACCGCCAAAGAGCCGACCUACACCGCCGACGGCUUUGAGAUGAGCGUCGGAGUCAACCACCUCGGCCACUUCCUCCUCGCCCGAGAACUCCUCGAGGACCUCAAGGCAUCGGAUUACCCCUCCCGACGUCUCAUCAUCGUCGGCUCGAUCACAGGGAACACCAACACCUUGGCCGGGAACAUACCCCCGAAAGCAAACCUGGGAGACCUGCGAGGGCUCGCGGGGGGAUUGAAUGGGCUCGGCGGCUCCACCAUGAUCGACGGAGGCGAGUUCGACGGCGCCAAGGCGUACAAGGACAGCAAGGUCUGCAACAUGCUCACGAUGCAGGAGUUCCACAGGCGGUUCCACGAGGAGACCGGGGUCACAUUUGCCUCCCUCUACCCCGGUUGCAUCGCCACCACCGGGCUCUUCAGGGAGCACGUCGCUUUGUUCCGCCUCCUCUUUCCUCCCUUCCAAAAGUACAUCACCAAAGGCUUCGUCUCCGAGGAGGAAGCAGGCAAAAGACUCGCACAGGUGGUGAUUGAUCCAAGCCUGACUAAGUCCGGCGUGUACUGGAGCUGGAACAAUAACUCGGCGUCGUUCGAGAACCAGUUGUCGGAGGAAGCCAGUGAUCCUGAGAAGGCUCAGAGGCUGUGGCAGCUAAGUGAGAAGCUGGUAGGUUUGGCGUAGGAUUAGUAGCAGAUGAUUUGGUCCAAAGUGUGUGUGUGCGCCAUGCAAAGAUCACUGUUGUCGUAGUCGUUGUUGAAAAUUUUGAGCUGACGAGAAAAUAAAGAUAUUAUGAGCCAAAUGUUAUGUUAUCUGCAAAUCAAUCUU